AGUCCACCCUCAGCCACAGAAGUCCACUGGAUGGUAGUGAAAACAUUUAUGGAUAUGGACCAGGAUUCAGAAGAUGAGAAACAACAAUAUCUCCCCUUAGCCUUGCACCUUGCAUCAGAAUUCUUCCUCAGGAAUCCCAAUAAAGAUGUCCGUCUCCUUGUAGCUUGUUGCUUGGCUGAUAUUUUUCGAAUUUAUGCCCCAGAAGCACCAUAUACUUCACAUGAUAAACUCAAGGAUAUAUUUUUGUUUAUUACAAGACAGUUAAAAGGAUUAGAGGACACUAAAAGCCCUCAAUUUAACAGAUACUUUUACUUAUUAGAGAAUUUAGCUUGGGUUAAAUCUUACAACAUCUGCUUUGAGUUGGAAGAUUGCAAUGAAAUUUUUAUUCAGCUUUUUAGGACUCUCUUUUCAGUUAUCAACAAUAGCCACAACCAGAAAGUCCAAAUGCAUAUGCUAGAUUUGAUGAGUUCUAUCAUCAUGGAAGGCGAUGGAGUGACUCAAGAACUAUUGGACUCAAUUCUUAUCAACCUCAUUCCUGCACACAAGAACCUUAAUAAACAGGCAUUUGAUCUUGCAAAAGUCUUGUUGAAAAGAACAGUCCAAACCAUUGAGCCAUGCAUUGCCAAUUUUUUUAAUCAGGUUUUGGUACUAGGAAAGUCUUCUGUGAGUGACUUGUCUGAGCACAUAUUUGAUCUAAUACAAGAACUUUUCGCUAUCGAUCCUAAUUUACUGUUGUCUGUCAUGCCACAGCUUGAGUUCAAGCUGAAGAGCAAUGAUGGAGAAGAACGCUUAGCUGUCGUAAGGCUUUUAGCGAAGUUAUUUGGCUCUAAAGAUUCUGACCUAGCAACACAAAAUCGUCCACUCUGGCAGUGUUUUCUUGGCCGAUUCAAUGAUAUUCAUGUUCCUGUGAGAUUAGAAAGUGUGAAAUUUGCAAGUCAUUGUUUAAUGAACCAUCCAGAUUUAGCAAAAGACCUCACUGAGUACUUAAAAGUCAGAUCACAUGAUCCAGAAGAAGCCAUCCGUCAUGAUGUCAUUGUUACAAUAAUAACUGCUGGCAAAAGGGACCUUUCUUUAGUCAACGACCAGCUCCUUGGCUUUGUCAGAGAAAGGACACUGGACAAGCGGUGGCGGGUAAGAAAAGAAGCAAUGAUGGGACUUGCUCAGCUGUACAAGAAAUACUGCCUUCAUGCUGAAGCUGGAAAGGAUGCAGCAGAGAAAGUGAGCUGGAUAAAGGAUAAACUUUUGCACAUAUAUUAUCAGAAUAGCAUUGAUGACAAAUUACUGGUGGAGAAAAUCUUUGCUCAGUAUCUUGUUCCGCAUAAUUUGGAAACAGAAGAGAGGAUGAAGUGCUUGUAUUAUUUAUAUGCUAGCUUAGACCCAAAUGCUGUUAAGGCAUUGAAUGAAAUGUGGAAGUGCCAGAACAUGCUUAGGAGUCAUGUGCGGGAAUUGCUAGAUUUGCAUAAAACACCCACUUCAGAGGCAAACAGUGCUGCUAUGUUUGGAAAGCUGAUGACUAUAGCAAAAAAUCUUCCUGAUCCUGGAAAAGCCCAGGAUUUUGUGAAAAAGUUCAAUCAAGUCCUUGGUGAUGAUGAGAAACUUCGUUCUCAACUUGAGGUGCUAAUCAGUCCUACAUGUUCCUGUAAACAGGCAGAUAUCUGUGUGAGGGAAAUAGCCCGGAAACUUGCAAAUCCUAAGCAACCAACUAAUCCUUUCCUAGAGAUGGUAAAGUUUCUUUUAGAAAGAAUUGCUCCUGUACAUAUUGACUCAGAAGCUAUCAGUGCAUUAGUAAAGCUGAUGAAUAAAUCAAUAGAAGGGACCGCCGAUGAUGAAGAGGAGGGCGUAAGUCCUGAUACAGCAAUUCGUUCAGGGCUUGAACUUCUCAAGGUUUUGUCUUUCACACAUCCUACCUCGUUCCACUCCGCAGAGACAUACGAAUCUCUCCUGCAGUGCCUCAGGAUGGAAGAUGAUAAGGUAGCAGAGGCAGCCAUACAGAUAUUCAGGAACACUGGCCACAAAAUAGAGACCGAUCUGCCUCAGAUAAGAUCAACCCUAAUUCCAAUCUUGCAUCAGAAAGCAAAGAGAGGAACGCCUCACCAAGCCAAGCAAGCUGUCCAUUGCAUACAUGCCAUAUUUUCAAAUAAAGAAGUUCAGCUGGCACAAAUCUUUGAGCCUUUAAGCCGGAGUUUGAAUGCUGAUGUUCCAGAGCAACUCAUAACUCCUCUAGUUUCCUUGGGUCACAUUUCCAUGUUGGCACCAGACCAAUUUGCAUCACCAAUGAAAUCCGUAGUUGCGAAUUUUAUUGUAAAAGAUCUUCUUAUGAAUGACAGGUCUACAGGUGACAAAAAUGGGAAAUUAUGGUCUCCAGAUGAAGAGGUUUCCCCAGAAGUCCUAGCAAAGGUUCAAGCAAUUAAACUACUUGUGCGUUGGCUCUUGGGUAUGAAAAACAACCAGUCAAAAUCUGCAAAUUCAACUCUUCGGUUAUUAUCAGCCAUGUUGGUCAGCGAAGGAGACUUGACAGAACAGAAGAGAAUUAGCAAAUCAGACAUGUCCCGUCUACGGUUGGCGGCUGGCAGUGCCAUAAUGAAGCUUGCACAGGAGCCCUGUUAUCAUGAAAUUAUAACCCCAGAGCAAUUCCAACUCUGUGCACUGGUCAUUAACGAUGAAUGUUACCAGGUGAGGCAGAUAUUUGCUCAGAAGCUACAUAAGGCACUAGUAAAAUUACUGCUCCCAUUGGAGUACAUGGCAAUAUUUGCACUGUGUGCCAAAGACCCUGUAAAGGAAAGGAGAGCACACGCACGUCAAUGCUUGCUUAAAAAUAUAAGUAUACGGCGAGAAUACAUUAAGCAGAACCCUAUGGCAAACGAAAAACUCUUAUCUCUGCUGCCUGAGUAUGUGGUGCCAUACAUGAUUCAUUUGCUGGCUCAUGAUCCAGAUUUUACAAAACAACAAGAUAUUGAUCAGCUUCGUGAUAUCAAAGAGUGCCUGUGGUUCAUGUUGGAAGUUUUAAUGACCAAGAAUGAAAACAACAGUCACGCCUUCAUGAAAAAGAUGACAGAAAGUAUCAAACUUACACGGGAUGCACAGUCUCCAGAUGAGCCAAAGGCCAAUGAAAAACUCUACACUGUAUGUGAUGUGGCCCUCUGUGUAAUCAACAGCAAAAGUGCUUUAUGUAAUGCAGAAUCUCCAAAGGAUCCUGUAUUGCCAACCAAAUUUUUUACACAACCUGAAAAGGAUUUUUGCAAUGACAGAAAUUAUAUCUCUGAAGAGUUGAGAGUUCUUCUUUUAACAGGAAAGCCGAAACCAACUGGGGUAUUAGGGGCAGUAAAUAAACCUUUGUCUGCAACUGGAAGGAGACCAUAUAUUCGAAACACAGGAUCAGAAACUGGAAGCAAUAAUAGUGUAAAUUCAGAGCUGAACUCUCCUACAGGAAACAGAACAAGAGAGCAGAGCUCAGACCUAUCAGAGACUGGGGUCAGUGAAAAUGAUGAAAAUCCAGUAAGAAUUAUUUCAGUCACUCCAACAAAAAUAGAACCUGUAAAGAACAAGGAGAUUAAUUCUGAUCAGACACCACAAGGAAAUGUCAGUGCUGAUCGGGGCAAAAAAAGAAUCACGACAGCAGCCGGAACAGAGAAUUUUCAUCAAAAAGCAGAAGAAAAGAAAACAGAUGAAACGGGUCAGCCUGCUCCUCCCAAACCCCGGAGAGGACGUCCACCCAAGUCUGAAUCUCAGGGCGGCACAGCAAAAGGUGCUGAAAUGAGUAAACCCUCUGGACGAGGGCGGAAAAGGGCAGCACCAACUCAAGAAGGUCCAGGGGGCUUGGAGGCAAGUAACGCCAAGGCACCAAAGCAGCAAGAGGCCGCAAAAAAACCAGUCCCGGCACAGAGACAGAUUGAUCUGCAAAGAAGCCAGGUGCUGGGCAGUGAUGGAGAUUCAGUGUUGGAGAUAGAGUCAAGUCCAGGAUAUUCUCCAAGUGAAAUGGAUCUUUUUAAGCUUUGUGAGAGCAGCCAGGACGACACUGAGGAUACAGAUCUAACAGAGGGAGGCUUUCUGAAGGUGCACCAGGCAGCUUAUUCAGGGCUACGUUGUUGGUCAUUAAAGUCUGAAUGCUGGAAGGAGAUGAUGACAAUUGUUAGAAAUAACGGCUAUCAUGAUUCUCUUGUUACAACAUCUUACAAAUUUAGCUAACUUAGAUAAUGAAAGUUGGUAAACCAGAAAUACAUGAUACCAUCCUCCCCUUUGUUUGACUUGACUUGGCUUCUGAAUGACUUUAGAUUCGCGGUGGUUAGGCUUUCACAAAACAUUGCAGAGUGAAUUUCAGCAACAAGCUGCCGUCAGAGAUCAAUUUUUUGUCUUCUAUAAUACAGGUCUGAUAUAAAAACCUAAGCUAGCAAUGCAGACUUAGCGUGUAUCUUCAGAAGUCUCACCGUGCUAAAUAGGGUUUAGCAAUCCAAUACUUACACCAGUUUCCCCCAGUCUGAAUGGGGGUUUUCCACUGCAGUUCCAACGCAUCCGAAGUCUCACCCAGGUUGAGAAGAGCUCACGCAGAGACUGCAGCCCUUAUUGUAACCAGUCAAAUAUAAUAACACUUGAGCUUUAUGGACUCCCAAUUCAAUGGAUUUUAAUGCAACAAACAAAAUGUUAGGUUAGGCUUCACCCCAAGUAAUGGAGUUUGUUGUUUCUGAAGCACUCAAAAAAUUGACAUAAUUUGUCAUUCGUGCAAAUGCAAAUUGUGUAAGUAAUGUCACUUACAUAUAUUCAAAUUAAAUAGACAUUUGGCUCUAAUGGACACCCCUCCUCCUGCUUCCCUUCACCCCCACCCCGAUCCAUACAAUUGAUGUUUUACUGUAGGUCCUUCAAGAUGAUUAAAGUUAAUUUUUGAACUGAAUGAUCUUCUGAGUUUAACCUAUUUUUUCCCUCCUUCACAAGGUAAAAAGAAAGCUUUCUCGCAAAAGGAAGAGAGGAGGGCCAAAUGAAGGCAUGCUCCAAGCUUCUGCAAAACCCAAGAAACUUCCUGUAUAGGAACUGAAAAUACUUCAGAUCAUACAGCUUUCAGCUCUGAAAACAGAAGGAAAACUCUGCUUCCCUUUCAGAUAAAAUUAAUCUGCAGAAACUCUUGAGAGAGGCUAAAAGCAUCUGUACUUAUUUCCCCAGAGACUUUUUUAUGAAAAGUCAAUAAUUAAGCAAAUUGCUUAACACUUAAUUCCAGUUUCUGCACAUCUGGAGUUUAAAAGUGUUUUACUCCAUUAAUUUUCAUGCUGCAUUUUUUUUUUAAGAAAGUCAGAGAGAGGUCCUUACAGCAUUGUUAAAAAUUCGCAUACCUGUAAUUGGGUAUUAACCCAUCUUCUUUUUUCAAGAAAAAGUAGAAGCCUACUGAAUGAAUUUUAAUCUGAGACAUAAAAACAAAACUGAAUUCUCAUCUGCUUUCAUUUUAAAGACUUAUGUAUAAUUUUUUUCCAGCAAAAUAAGAUGUACAGAUUUUGGUUCCUGCUUUGAGAAGUCACAUAGUGGCAAUUUUUAUACAUGUUGCUUUCUGACUUUUAUCAAGAGUGGGAGACUAAUCAUUUGAUGAUUGAUUUUCAAGUAGACAUUUCAUCUUUUUUAAUUUUCCCCUCCAUUUUAGUUUAAUAUAAGUUGCAAUAAAUGUACAUAUUGUUCGUUUUAUAAAAACAUAUAUCACUUCUAAGUGGGUUUACUCCUGUGGUUUUGUUGGAAUAUUCUAAAUCUAAAUGGAGUAAAGUCAUCCCAGCAUUUGAUUUUAUAAUGUUUGUCACCAGAUUUUUAUUAUUGAUGUAAAAAAUCAAUUUUUAAAAAUAUUGGAUUUUUGGCAGCUUUGUAAGGAACAUUGAAAACGUUUAGGGUUGCUCUCAAUUUUAAGCAUUGUGCUGAUUGAAACUAAGUCUGUUCUACGUUUUCCUUCCUGACCCAUCUCAUUUUUUUUUAACAUUUAAUUUAGAAAACUUGCAUCAAUAUUGAUUUUUUUCCUGGCAUUGUUCAGCAUACAGUGUACACUUUUAAGUACACGCGAUCAUAUUUAAGUUUGUUGCAUAAAAUAAAUGCUUCUAGGUGUCAUUUGGUAUCUUUCUGCUUUCCCCCAAUUGCACACAACAAUUUUUCUGACCUGUAUGCACCGCUGCCUAAACAUUGAUCUAGCACAAAAACCAUUGGCCGCUUUCAAGGAGCAUAAUGUGGAAUGGCAGCCCAGUUAAGAACCCCUCGGUCUGCCGGAUUACGGUCUAGAGCUAGGCAGGAGAAGUGAAGGUGAAAGUUACUCAGCAUCCCUCACUAGCUGUCCAACUUCCUUGAUGGAUAACACAACCUCGAAAGAUUGCAGCACAAACAGAAUCUCAGCUGGCAUUUGCCAGCGCAAAACCAUUUCAGGCCUCUGGAAUGGUCAGAAAGGUCCAAUAGUCAGGUACCUCAAGGUGCCAAAAUGGCAGAAUAGUAAAGGAACGGAGGAUGUCGUCAGGGAGUCUUUCUAAGCUUUGAACUUAUUUAAGCAGAAAUUUGUUCGUUUUUUACUUGCAUCACUACCUGUCUGUACCAAAAUAAUAAUGCCUUUGAAUUUUAAAAAUGUAGCCGCCAA